ACCACAACACCUGCCACAACAACAACAGCGGCAGCCACCACCACCACAGACCCAGGCACUACAACAACAACAGCUGCCACCACCACAACAGUGGCCACCACCACCACAACACCUACCACAACAACAACAACAACGGCUCCCACUACCACCACAGCACCAACUACAACAACAACAACAGCUGCCACCACCACCACAGCGGCCACCACCACCGCAACACCUACCACAAUAACAACAACAACAGUUGCCACAACUACCACUGCUCCUGUGACAACAACAACAACGGCUGCCACCACCACCGCAGCCCCAGCAACUACGACAACAACGGCUGCCACAACUACCACUGCUCCUGUGACAACAACAACAACGGCUGCCACCACCACCGCAGCCCCAGCAACUACGACAACAACGGCUGCCACCACCACCACAACCCCUGCCACAACAACAACAACAACGGCUGCCACAACUACCACUGCUGCUGUGACGACAACAACAACGGCUGCCACCACCACAACAGCGGCCACUGCCACCACAACACCUGCCACAACAACAACGGCUCCCACUACCACCGCAGCCCCAGCAACUACGACAACAACGGCUGCCACCACCACCAAAGCCCCAACCGCCACAACAACAACAACAGCUGCCACCACCACAACAGCGGCCACCACCACCACAACACCUGCCACAACAACAACAAUUGCAGCCACCACCAGCACAGCCCCAGCCACUACAACAACAACAGCUACCACCACCACUACAGCUGCCACCACCACCACAACACCUGCCACAACAACAACAACAGCUGCAACAACUACCACUGCUCCUGUCACAACAACAACAACAGCUGCAACAACUACCACUGCUCCUGUCACAACAACAACAACAGCUGCCACCACCACCGCAUCCCCAGCAACUACGACAACAACGGCUGCCACCACCACCACAACCCCUGCCACAACAACAACAACAGCUGCCACCACCACAACAGCGGCCACCAUUACCACAACACCUGCCACAACAACAACAGCUGCAACAACUACCACUGCUCCUGUCACAACAACAACAACAGCUGCAACAACUACCACUGCUCCUGUCACAACAACAACAACAACAGCUGCAACAACUACCACUGCUCCUGUCACAACAACAACGGCUGCCACCACCACCACAGCCCCAGCAACUACGACAACAACGGCUGCCACCACCACCACAACCCCUGCCACAACAACAACAACAGCUGCCACCACCACAACAGCGGCCACCACCACCACAACACCUGCCACAACAACAACAACAACAACAGCUGCCACCACCACCGCAGCCCCAGCAACUACAACAACAACGGCUGCCACCACCACCACAACCCCUGCCACAACAACAACAACAACGGCUCCCACUACCACCACAGCACCAACUACAACAACAACGGCUGCCACCACAACACCGGCCACAACCCCCAGCAACUACGACAACAACGGCUGCCACAACUACCACUGCUCCUGUGACAACAACAACAACAACGGCUGCCACCACCACCGCAGUCCCAACAACUACGACAACAACGGCUGCCACCACCACAACAGCGGCCACUGCCACCACAACACCUGCCACAACAACAACGGCUCCCACUACCACCGCAGCCCCAGCAACUACGACAACAACGGCUGCCACCACCACCACACUGCCACCACAACACCGGCCACAACAACAACAACAGCUGCCACAACUACCACUGCUCCUUUGACAACAACAAACACAGCUGCCACCACCACCGCAGCCCCAGCAAGUACGACAACAACGGCUGCCACCACCAGCACAACCCCUGCCACAACAACAACAACAACGGCUCCCAUUACCACCACAGCACCAACUACAACAACAACAGCUGCCACCACCACAACAGCGGCCACCACAACCCCUGCCACAACAACAACGGCUCCCACUACCACCACAGCACUAACUACAACAACAACAGCUACCACCACAACAACCCCAGCAACUACGACAACAACGGCUGCCACCACCACCACAACCCCUGCCACAACAACAACAACAGCUGCCACGGCCACAACAGCAGCCACCACCACCACUACAACUGCCACCACCACCACAACACCUGCCACAACUACCACUGCUCCUGUGACAACAACAACAACGGCUGCCACCACAGCCCCAGCAACUACGACAACAACAGCUGCCACCACCACCACAGCGGCCACCACCACCACAACACCUGCCACAACAACAACAACAACGGCUCCCACUACCACCACAGCACCAACUACAACAACAACAGCUGCCUCCACCACCACAACAGCGGCCACCACCACCACAACACCUGCCACAACAACAACAACGGCAGCCACCACCCUGGAACCUCCUUACAGAAUUGCGUUCCCUUCCUUGGUCUCCUUGAAUGUUGUGAGCUUCAGCUGCUGCAUCAACUACUACAUCAACUACUACAACUGUUGUACCAACAACUACAGCAUCCACAAAGUCAUACUGCUCACUGCACAGCCCCAGCCGCAGCAUCACGAGCUGGCUGUGUGCCCUGUACAGCUGCAGUUAGCGCCGCCUCAGCCAGAGGGUUCUGCACCUUCUGGUCCUGCGUCUGCUGCCACUGGAGGGACCCUACCACGCCACCGCCAUCACCAGCGCCUGUGGCAGCAACACCGUCGCUCGGACCUGCUCAGUCUGAGCCUGAGGUCUGCGCAGUCAAGGGAUCCGCUGUGCCUGAGUCCAACGCCUGCGUGCUGGAGGGAUCUGCUUUGCCCGAGCCGGAAGUCUGCGCGCUGGAGGGACCUGCUCUGCCAAGCCGGAGGUCUGCACGCCGGGGUCUGCGAGCAGCCCAUGCCUGCGCCCGAGGAUGUUACGCCACCUGGCCGGCCCUGCAUACCGGCCGUUUACCAAGCUGCCCGUCAGUCUUUUGCCGCCUGCACAUCCACGUACAGCACGACCUGCAUGGCCGGCACAUCCAACACGGCUGGUACGUCCAGCACGUCACAGUUCACCUACUAUGGCGGGUUGCUGCCACCGGACCUGCAGCUGUCCACCAGAGCUGCUAUGUCGCUGCUGCUGGAGCAGGCCACCUGA